GACUAACAAAAAAAAUCCCAUUUCUUUUUUCUUUUUUUCAAUCCAUUUUUGUUUAAAUUUCAAAUACUUUAAAAAUAUGUAAACAUUUUUUUUUUUUUUUUUCUGUUUUAAAUUGUGGGUAUCAGUUUUUGUUGCAAAUCUCACGCUUGUCCGUAUCCAAUCGAUCACUCCUUCCUCUGAUCUGUAGCGUCCAAAAACGCCAUUUUCUCAUUCAAUGAAUGUGUGGACUCUGAUUUGGCUUCAUAUUUUGUAUUUUUUCCUCUUCUUUCUUUCUUCUUCUCUUUAAUUUUUCGACUUGGUUUCCCUCCGAAAUUCGCUGCAAUCCCUGUCUUCAUUACCAGAUCGGCCUGUCUCGGUCUGAGGUUGAGGAUUGUUUGGGUUAGCAGAAUCCGGGGGUAUUUGUUUGCUAAGAGAAAAAUUUAUAAAGUUCUUGCUGGUUGUAUCUGAAAGGGAGACUGCAAUGGCUGAAAGUGGUUCAGAAACUGAGAUAAAAGGUGUAAAAGAAGCACUCGGAACUGGACAACAGCUUCUACAGAAGCUUUAUUUAGAGCUUGAUAAAGAAAGAGAAGCCUCAGCUUCUGCAGCAAGUGAAGCUUUAUCAAUGAUUCUGCGUUUGCAAGAAGAAAAAGCUGCUAUGAAGAUGGAAGCAAGUCAAUAUCAGAGAAUGGCAGAGGAAAAAAUUUGUCAUGCUGAAGAGCAUCUCACUGGUCUUGAAGAAAUGAUACUUCAAAAAGAAAUGGAAAUUGCUUCUCUUGAAUUUCAAGUUCAGGCUUAUAGGUAUAAACUCUUGAGCUUGGGUUGCCCUGAUUUAGGUCCUUGUGAACCUAAAUUUGCUGAUCAAUUUCUACUUCAAAAGAAGGAUUUGGUCUCUAAUGGAGAAUUUGGUGUAAGUGGCAAGGUGAGAAGAGCAAGGUCUUUGCCUCCUCCGACUCAAUUUGAUGAAUUGUAUGACAGAGAAGACGCUGCAGAAACGGAGACAUAUGAGAUUCUUAAACCUGAUUGCUACCACCCGAGUAUUGAGGAACGUCCUAACCAUUGCUCGUGGGAACAGAUUGAGAUGUUAGAUGAACAAAUAAAAGAGAUAUCUGAUUCUAAAGGAAGUAGUGAAGAUAGAUCUGAAAGUUUGAAUGUUGGGUUUGUUGUUUGCCCCUCAAGCAUUCAAGAUAAACCUGAUGAGUUAAGAGGAGUUAAACCUGAUGUAAGCCCGAAAUGUUCUAGUUCUUCAAGUGUUCAAGAUAUUUUUGAGAUCCCAGAGGCUAACCUGGAUUUUAAAGCUUGUCAAAAUCGAAUCCAACUUCAGAAAAAGUUGAUUUUUGAAGGCGAAAAUGGACUAGGAAAUCCAGAUCCAGUGCCGACUGAACCAUUCAAACUGCACCAUAAAGAUGAGCAAACCAGGGCAAAGAAAGCUUCUAGUUGCAAAAAUCAGAAGAACAAAUCAUCAAAACUAAGGAGAGGAAAAGCUAUAGGCUCUGGCACGAUUCCUGCUCGUCAACAAAUUGAUGAAAUUGUUGCCGAGUCUCAACCUUUUCAACAACUUUGUCACAUAAUAGAGAAGCUUGAACAAAAUAAAACUAGUGCAAGGCAAGAGAUUACUGGUUCAGGGGUAGGGGAGCUGCUGAAGGAGAUACAAGAACAGCUGAAUUCUAUUCAAUCUGAGAUGAAAAGUUUGCAAAUCAAGCAGGGUCCUGCACAGAAGAACUCGUUGUUCGAUCUUCUGCAAGAGGCAAUGCUGCACUGUUGGUUUUGAUCAAGCAUUGUGUUAUCUUCUACCUUGUCAGCCUACAUCCAUAAAGUUUAACAAAAGUUUUGGUUUUGACUGUGAGUUUGGUUGAUGAUUCUGAUUUAGUGUGCGUUUGAUUUUCUUGACUGGAUUUUAGUUCAUAGACUGUAUAAAAUGUAUAGGUCAGAUGCUAUACUGUAUAUAAAUCAAAAAAAUGACGGGAGUGGAGCAUGUCCUUAGCAGAAAUGUAUCAAAGUACUUGUUCAUUUGCCUCUAAAUCUGGAGUGAAAUACAGUUGUCUGUUUUGUUACUGAA